CCAAAAUCAUAAAGAAAAAUCACAAUUACAGCUGAACAGAAGUGCUGUCAACAAAAGUCAAAACAUUUCGUGGGCAAACAGGAACGAUGGACGCCGUCGAAACAAAACCACAAAUCUGCAACAUUCCAGAAACCAAAAUUCAGCCCGUAGAAAUCGAGAUACUGCCCGUGGUGUACGACAUCAUCCGAAGUGUUGAGAAGGAUCCGAUAGAUAACACCGCGAAACAAAAGGAAAGUGCCGAGUGCAGCCAUAAGGUCACUGAGCUUCAAAAAACACUCGACGCAGCCCGAUCAACCAUCCGCAAGCUGCACGGGAUCGAGUACAGCAAGGAGGAGCAGCUGCGGCGGCUCGAAAGUUUGCGCAAACAGCUCGCCCUGAAGCAGCAACUGAUCAAGAAGUACAAGAACGUCCAGUUCUAGAAGCCCGAACCCGCCGCCCCGAACCG